AUGCACAUGGAAAUUGCGCAAGCCGUCGAUUUUCUCGGUCGACUGUUGCAGUCCAAAUUCGACCAAAACGACCUAUUGACGUUCAAGCACGAGCUCACCAAAGUGUUGAAAGCGCGAUUCGCCGAUCACUGGGACCCACAGCAUCCUACUCAUGGUAAUGGGUUUCGGUCGAUUUCAAAUUUGAACGGCCAACUCGAUCCCGUACUCUUUAAAGCUGCUGCCGGGAAGACAUCCGUUUCUCCAAGUUUAAUACACAUGAAUUUGCCCCGGGAUUUUGUUUUAUGGAUUGAUCCAUUUUCUGUCUCGUACCGCGUUGGUGACCACGGCAAUAUCAUGACACUGUUUGAAGAUCGAUCGCGAGGCCGGAUUACGUUUAAACUAGAUCCAAACAGCAUGCCGAAAAGCCCAGCACUGAGUCCACAUUUGAUCCCACCGUCAAGGACCUCGUCUGCUGUACGCAUUUCUCCGCCGCCCAGUCCU